AUGAAUCGAGUACAGAUCGUACAGAUCAACUUGCAUCAGAGUAAGGCAGCUUCGGCGACAUUAGCGAAGCUUCUAGCUGGAAUGCAGACAGUAAUAGCAUUGAUCCAAAAACCUUGGAUAUUCAACAAUGCUAUUAAGGGACUGACUGGUUGUGGCAAGUUCAGCGGGGGAGAUCUAACUGCGGCUCAAGUGAGGUUAAACCUAGAACAAGGCAGGGGCAUGGAUAUAAUAGUAGGGUUGGCUUACAUGCCCCAUGACUCAACAGAGCCACACCCACCGGAUGAAGUAAGGGAGCUGUGCAACCAUGUGAAAAGGAGGAGGCUUCAACUACUGUUGGGCUUUGAUGCAAACUCCCAUCAUGCUGCAUGGGAGAGCACCGGUUGCAACGGCAGGGGAGAGAGCUUCCAAGAGUUCAUCAUGAGGGCAGGGCUCCAUAUUUUAAACAGGGGGACAGAACCAACUUUCGUUGACCGUAGGCGACAGAAAGUACUAGACAUAACUCUGGUAACGGAUGAUGUAGCUAGCUUGGUUGGAGACUGGAGAGUCUCAAAGGACCUCUCGGCCCCGGAUCACAGAACCAUAAGAAUCUUCGUUCUUUUUGAGGAACCGAUUGAUCUGGCACUUAGGCUGAGGCCGAUUUCUCUCAGGUUUGGCAGCAAGAAGCAACUGGAGGAGGCCUCUAAGCUCUUACACCGGGUGAUAAUUGACUCAUAUGAGGAAAACUGUAAGUUGUUGCCCAGAAGGCGGAAGACUGAGAUACCCUCGUGGUCCGAAGAUGAACUUGGGGGACUCAGGAAUGAAACCAGAAAGGCUUUCAACAAGGCGAAGAAUGCGAGGAAAGGUCCCCGUAAGGAAGCAGCCUGGACGACUUACAGGGGACUUCUCGCAAAGUACAACAAAGCAAUAAAAGCCGCCAAAGACAGGUGCUGGAGGGCUUCCACGAGCGGCAUUGAGAGCCAAUCAGAGACUGCCAGGCUGGAGAAAAUCCUUGGUAUAAACAAGACCACAUAUCUAGGGAGUCUACAAGCACCGGAUGGGAGCAAUACGGAGACAAUAGAGGAAACAUUGAAACUCCUAAUGGAAACACACUUUCCGGGAUUCACCGAAUCCUGA